UUCAGUAUUUUAUCAUGUGUUCAACAGACAACACCUAAAUUUUAAAAUAUAAGCCUGUUUUAUUUUGGUUCUCACAUUAAACUUGAAUAUAUUAAAAGAAUAAACAAAUUGGACCCGAAUCGAACAAAAACACUUAGCUAAGAAUAGAUUGUAUAUUUAUCACAAUGAUGGGCAGACAGGAUGCGCAAAGCCGAGGAUCCAGGAGAUCCCUGGGAGGUCAAGGCUCACAGGGGCCACCCGUCUGCCAGGAGCCCGACCUGCUGAACACCUUUGUGGAGGAGCAGCCCACCUUGUACCAGUGGAUGCGAUGGAGCAACUGCAAGACCCACAAGCCCCACCUGCAGGAAACAUACCCCACCAUUCUGCCUCCGAUCUCCAAGUGCAGCGAUGCCAAGACCUUGAACUACAUAGAAGACGCCAUGUUGGCGAACAAAUGCGACCGACUCAACGAACACAGGCAGGAUGUGCUGACCGUGUGGAACUACAGUCCCCAGAAGGAGACCUUGGGGUGGUAUGGCGUCGCAUCGGAGCACCCCACUCCGCAGGCUGCCUUUUUCGACCGGGCCCUGCAAAAGAGCUUAAAGGCGGCCAGUCUUCUGCCCAAGCCGCCGAAGAAGUCGAACAUAAAACCCAAGUGGCAGAUAAAACCGAAAACCCCGGAACCCGGGGCCUACAUCCUGAAUCGAAGGUGUCUGAAGGCCAAGUUGGACAAGAUGCCGAACGUUAGGCGCCAACUGAAGCCGAGCAACGCCUUCUCCUGGCUUCACUGCCCGCAGCCAGCGGAUGCGGACCAUCCGUUCGAAGACAACGCCGGAUUCCCGGCGAUCAGCAGGGAGCAGGCGAUGGACAUGGCCAAGCCGGAGAAGCCUCCGAAGCAUGGCUUGAGACGCAAGCACUGGUACUGCCCCCCCAAAUGUGGCGAGGCUGAGAACAAGUGCACCGACUACGAGUGGGCCAAGUACAAGCUGGACUCGAGACCCUAUGAUGAGGCCUUCCAGCGGGAGAUGGCUGCCCGCCAUGCGGCCAGAGCAGCCGAGCCACGCAACUACGAGGAGCUGUACAAGUCCCUGGUGACCUGUUUCGUUCAGGAUCCGAAUGGGAAGAAUGAUCUCUGCGAGGCGCUGGAGAAGUGCUGCAAGGAUCCCAAGGAUCCGCCGGCCCAAGGAUGCGGCGAGUUCGUUCCCGAUGGCCCCGGAGGAGAUGGUGAGUCGGGAGAUGGUAAAGAUAAGAACAAAGACAAGGACAAAAAAGUGAAUAAGGAGGAUAAUGACAAAGACGAAGAGAACGAGAACGACAAAAAGAAAAAGGGUGAUGGUGACAAAGACGGUGAUAGAGGUAAAGGGGACAAAGAUGGUGAUGAAGGGGAUGGCGAUAAGGUGGGUGGCGACAAGGGGGAUCGCGACAAGGGCGAUGGGGACAAGGGGGAUGGCACCAAUGACGGUAAGAAAGAUGGUGGCAAAAAGAAAAAGGAUAAUGAAAACGAGAACGAUAAGGAGACUGAAAUUGAUAAGAAAGGGGACAAAGAAAAGGACAAAGACAAAGACAAGGACAAAGGUAAAGGCAAGGACAAAAACAAGAAGACCGAAGACCCGGAUUUCAGGUCAUCCGAAGAUGAUCGUCCUCUAGUUCCCCGAAGUACCGAUACCCUUCCCCCGAGCGAACACUCGCUCAUUGGUGAUGAAGAUGGAGGUGGCCCUGAUUAUGUGGACAACGAUAAAGACAACGAAAAGGAUAAAGACAAGGAUAAAGACAAAAAGAAGGAUAAGGGCAAGGACAAAGGAGACAAGGGCAAGGGAAAAGGAAAAAAGAAAAAGCCAAAGAAGGAUGAAGAAAACAAGGAUGGGGAUGGUGAGGCUAUCAAGGACUGUCCCUGCGAGAUCUGUUGUCCCCCGAAGGAGGAGGAUACUCCGCUGAUCAAAGAGAUGCGUCGGCGGGAUCGGGAGCGCCAGGUGCGGGACUAUCUCCUCCAGAUGCGGCACCGCCAGUACAUGGAGUGCAAGGAUCCCGAUUACCCGGCCCGUCAGCACAAGUGCGACCCCAUCCAGUGCAACAGCCUGUUCUGCAGCAAUCCCCGGAUGCAAACCCAUUUCGCCAGGGUACAGGCUGUUCAGCAAUUGCAGGGAGUCCUGCGGCGAAGGAAUCGGCGCUACGAUGUCCAAAUAUCCAGUGAUCUGGACGAGCUUCUAUCGCGGCUGUGCAACCGCCUGACCCAGAGUGUUAGCCCUUGCGGAUGACCGUGUCCCCGCCUCGUUUGUGUUGUGGUGACAUUUCAUGAGUCCAAGUCCGCAUUUGUAACUUGUGCCUGGAGUUGUGUAUUCGUGUUAACCAUGUCUUGCGCUGCCUGGAAGCGAUCUUAGUUGUGUCCUUUAAAUAAACUGGGAUCUCUAGCUGA